AUGUCUGUUUUUAAUAAAGAACUGCCCGUAGCGAUUGGUACCGACCACGCCGGCUACGACGAUAAAGAAGUACUGAAAGCUUACCUGCAAGAGCUCGGCUGGACGGUAGAUGACAAGGGUACGCACAGCAAGGACAGUGUAGACUACCCCGACUUUGCACAUCCUGUAGCUGCUGCUGUUGAAACCGGCAAGGCCACUUUCGGCAUCCUGAUCUGCGGUAGCGGUAUUGGCGUAAGCAUUGCGGCCAACCGUCAUAAGGGCGUGCGUGCUGCAUUGGCCUAUAAUAAGGAGAUCGCCAAACUGUGCCGGGAGCACAACGACGCCAAUGUGCUUUGCCUGCCAGCCCGUUUUAUCUCUAUGGAAGAUAUGAAGGAGUACAUCAGCAUCUUUACCAGUACUGCGUUUGAAGGUGGCAGACAUAUACGCAGGGUAGAAAAAAUAGAAUACUAA